ACUGCUCAGGCCUUUCUGCAAAAUGGCCGCCAACCCAACCACAAACCCCUCUCAGCUCCUGCCGCUUGAGCUUGUGGACAAGUGUAUUGGAUCACGCAUUCAUAUCGUGAUGAAAAGUGACAAAGAAAUUGUCGGCACCCUCCUUGGUUUCGAUGAUUUUGUCAAUAUGGUACUAGAAGAUGUUACAGAGUUUGAGAUCACACCUGAAGGAAGAAGAAUCACAAAGUUAGAUCAGAUUUUGCUAAAUGGCAACAACAUAACAAUGUUGGUUCCUGGAGGAGAAGGACCAGAAGUGUAAAUACAUUCAUUUUCCUCUUGGUGAACUUAAAUAUUCUGCAGGAAUAUUUUCAGGAAACAAUGGUGUUUUUGUUUUUACAUUUAAGGUUGAUAUUUGAAUAUAAGUAAGACUUUCCAUUUCAGGGAAAAUGCAUCUUUAAUGAUGACUUUGUAAGUUGAAAUCAUGACUUUGUUGUAAAG